GCUCUGCAGCAGAUCAGCAUUGCACAUGGGGCCGUUCUUCCCCAUCCGAGAAGGAAGCAAGGGUAGUGGAAACCAAUUCGAUCCCAAAGGAGUGCUCCUUUCUCAGGGGCCUUCUGGGGAAACACAGCCCCAACCUCUCCUAGAAGACAAAUGGGGAGAGUCUCUCCCACUUCGGUCACUGCCCAGUGUGCGGGCUACAAGGAGAUCUCCACUUGGCAAGUGUUUCUCCCCUGAGACCAACACCUACGGCUAGGACCCGGCGAGCCAGACAGCCUUCCACCACUACCUUGAGGGGGAGGGAGAAACCAAUCCCCCAGCCAGACCCACACAGCUUAGGUGUAGGAUUGUAAGAGCUCACACAGGCAGCUGCAGUGGCAGAUUGCAGCAGCAGCAGCUGCUGCGAGGGCAGGCAGCAGAUGAGGACUUGAAAACGGAGCGGUAUUCUUCAACCCUUCCGGGAGAGGAGCAGCCAGGUUGGUUGCUGGCAAGCUGGAGUCAGCUGUCCCUCGGCUGCAUUCCAGGCAUUCCCAGGGACUUCUAAGGCAGGUUGAGAAAACACUCUGGAGGGGAACGCAUUCGAAGAUAGUCUGAGAAGAGAUUUUUACCUUGAAACUAGGACCAUGGUUUCUGGAUUUCAGUACAGCCUCUUUCUGUUCCUGUGCCUCACAGCAUGCCAGGGAUCUCCCGCUUCUCAGAACUGCCUCACCAAGCAGCAGCUCCUGGCUGCCAUCCGCCAAAUGCAGCAGUUCUUAAAGGGGCAGGAAACACGGUUUGCAGAGGGAGUGCGCGUCAUGAAGAACCGGCUGAUAACCCUGCAGAACGCGGUGACGAAAGCCGCCCCGGACCCACAAUCCGUGUCUUGCCCUGCACUGGAUGCCCCCGUGGAUGGCAGAAGAUUUGGUACCAAGUACUUUGUGGACCAUGAAGUCCAUUUCACCUGCGAACCUGGUUUUCAGCUCCUGGGUUCCAGCACCCGAGUGUGUCAGGCAAAUGGCAGCUGGACUGGAGAAGCACCGCGGUGCAAAGUGAUCAGCAAAUGCUCGAGCAAUCCCUGCCAGAAUGGUGGAACUUGUGUGGAUGGAGUAAACCAGUACAAAUGCACUUGUCCUCAAGGGUGGACCGGUGAGAACUGCCAGUACCAAUCACAAACAGCCCCACCUGCGUGGAGUGUUACGAACGACCCGGCUUUCAGUCGCAAGCCACGCUGUGCCAAAAUCGACAGGACCCAGCACUGCAGCUGCGAAGCCGGCUUCCACAUGAGCGGCACGGCUGACAACAGCAUAUGUCAGGACGUAAAUGAGUGUGAGGUUUACAAGCUGGAGGGAGCCCCUCGUCUGUGCAUGUACGCCUGCGUCAACGUUCCCGGCUCUUACCGCUGCUCCUGCCCCAGUGGGUACAAGAUCCUCGGAGACGGGAAAAGCUGUGAAGAUAUAGACGAGUGCAGCCUGUCUCAGCACAACUGCACCAGGGGCAUGACGUGCAUUAAUACAGGAGGAGGCUUCCAGUGCGUCAGCGCCGAGUGCCCUCGGCCCAGCAGCAAUGCCAGCUAUGUGAAAACAUCGCCAUUCCAAUGUGAACGCAACCCCUGCCCAAUGGACAGCAGAUUGUGUCAUCAUGCCCCAAAGUCCAUCUCCUUCCAUUAUCUCCCUCUGCCUUCCAAUCUAAUAACCCCCACCCCUCUCUUCCGCAUGGCAACUGCCUCCGCCCCAGGCCGGCCUGGGCCUGACAGCCUGCGCUUCGGGAUUAUUGGGGGCAACAACCGAGGGCAUUUUGUGAUGCAGCGCUCCGACCGGCAGACGGGAGAACUGAUCCUUGUGCAAAGCCUGAAAGGACCCCAGACCAUCGAGGUGGAGGUGGACAUGUCCGAGUAUCUGGAUCGCACCUUCCAGGCGAAGCAUGUCUCCAAGAUCACAGUCUUCGUGUCUCCCUAUGAGUUUUAAAGAAACGCAAUUUCUGCAAGUCAGCAAAUACACAGCCCCAAGGACUGUUCCUGUUCAUCCCUCGCUUUCUUUCAGCGCUGACUCGAACGAAAUUCCUUCCUUUCGAAAUGGUGAAAGGCCACGGUGCUGCAGCAGUUCUAAAAAACAGGACCUUAAAAGCCCAGUGCUGAGAGACAAGACAAACCACAUUACUCUGGCAAUGCCAGGAUGGGGCUUGCAAUAAUCUCAGACUCAUUUGUUCUUGAGAAGUUUUGACUCUGGACAUUUCUGACUUUGCUUCUCACCAUCUUCUGUAGCACAUGCCUCCAGGAACACUAAUCAUAGUAACAGAGAUGUAGCAAUGAAAUCCAGAUUAUAGCCUAUAUAAACCUCCAUAGAGUAAAUAUCCUUCUAUCAGA